AUGUCACGAAUUUUGAGUCCGCUCCUGUCGACUCGUGAGAACGGUCUUAUCUUCAGUUUACUAAGUCAUGACUGCAGUGUUUUAGCAUGUGGUAUUGUCCAGCUGGUAAUGGCAGCCCCUCCACAGAAAAAGGAAUGGAAAAGUCACAGUUCUGGAGUAUUAUGUCUGGUGCAAGAUAAAUCUGUGCAUUCAACAUUCAUGAGAGUCUACUGUCUUAAGAAAGCCAAGCUGCAAUGGGAACAGGAGCUGUAUACACCAUUUGAAUACUCUGAAACUUGUCCUUACUUCCAUACCUUCCCUGGUGAUGAGUGUCAGAUAGGAAUAAACUUUACAGAUGAAGAUGAGGCCAAGCAGUUCUACAUUGCUGUGCAGAAGCAGAUCAGUGACAACAAAGCAUCUUCGGGACUUACACGCAGAUACAGUGUGGGUGGUGUUUCUGACUGGAAAGAAAAACUUGACAGUUGUCUCAGAGGAAAUGAAUUGCACAAGAGGCUUUCACUCAGAAGUUCACCCAGAGUUCCACAAUGUCUUGAUUCAGACGCAGCACUUCCAGAGAACAGACCCACAGUUGCUAGCACAAUGUCCAGCCAAUCACAUGACUCACCACAGACUCGCUCUGGUGUUAAUGAAGAGUCUAUGUCGCUCGCCCAGAGGAAAGGGCCCCUCCCACCUAUUCCCAUUCAUGCCAGGAUGAAGUUGAAUUGCAAUGCUAGCAUGCAAAACUUUGACUCCACUAUUCCCAUUCCAUCAUGGGUGCCACCCCCUCCAUCUUACCAGGCUCCCACAGUCCCUCCAAGUUCAGUUAUUAAAGAUCCCUACUCUGCUGGAAUGAAGCACAAUUUUCAUUAUAAUGCUGGCAUCGAGAACGAAUCUGGCUAUGAUGACUACCUUUAAAACCACCAUCCUCUCCAUCAUUUAGGACUUUUUGACUUAGCAACAGUGGGAUGUGGUCCACACAAGCACUUACACAUGGAAUAUAUCUUUAUUAAUUAUAUCAUAAAUUUCUGCAGAACAACUAUAGAU